AUGUCAUCGAUAAGCGACAACGCUCCCACCAACCCUCCCGACCUCUCCGACAAGCUCCCCCGCCUGACCCCCCGCAAACCCACCACCGCCCAAGAGCCCGAAUCGCCCAUCCCCGCGCCCGCAACCCCCCCGCUGCCUCCGCCCAUCACCUCCGCGACCGCCGCCACCGCCGACGACAGCAACAACAGCCAGCCCUGGCACUUCCGCAAACCCCGCCGCCGCAUCCUCUCCCCGCACGACCACGCCCUCUUCCGCACCUCCCCGACCCACACCCUCCUCCAAGCCUUCAUCUUCACCCUCGCCGACAGCGUCACCGACACGCCCGUCUCCGCCAUCGCCACGCAACCCCCGCACCCGACAAUCGCGGGGAUCCUCGACGUCCUCGACGGCGCCGAGGCGCUCCUCGCGCGUUGCCCGCCCGAAGACACGGGCUCGCGCUUCGGCAACCCCGCGUUUCGGGCCUUCGUGGCGGGGGUCGAGGCCGAGCAAGAACGAUGGCACGCGCGGCUGGGCGUGACGAGACCGGCGGCCGUCGAGGAGUUGUCGGCGUAUCUCGCGGCGAGCUUUGGCGAUCCGGCGCGCAUCGAUUACGGGUCCGGGCACGAGCUCAAUUUCUUCUGCUGGCUGCUGUGCCUGUACCAGCUCUCGCUGCUGUCGUCGCCGGAAGAUGACAAGACGACGCAUCCGUCCACGUUCCCGCAGCUCGUGCUGCGCGUGUUCCCGCGGUACCUGCGGCUGAUGCGGCGGGUGCAGACGACGUACUACCUCGAGCCGGCGGGGUCGCACGGGGUCUGGGGGCUGGACGACUACCAGUUCCUGCCGUUCCUGUUCGGGGCGGCGCAGCUGCUGGGCCACCGGUACGUGCGGCCCAAGUCGAUCCACUCGGCGCUGGUGCUGGAGGAGUGCGCGCCCGACUACCUCUACCUCGACCAGGUGGCGUUCGUCAACGGGGUCAAGAACGUCGAGGGCCUGCGCUGGCACAGCCCGAUGCUCGACGACAUCAGCGCGGCGCGCAGCUGGCGCAAGAUCGAGGGCGGGAUGCGCAAGAUGUUCGUCGCCGAGGUGCUGGGCAAGCUGCCGGUGAUGCAGCACUUUUUGUUCGGCAGCCUGAUCCCGGCGGUGGAGGAGAUGAGCGACGAGGAGGUGUUGAAGUACACGCUCGAGGGCGAGCCGGAUGCUGAGGGCAAUGUGGUGGUGAGGAACGAGGAUGGCGAGAGUCAUAAGCACAACCCGGCCAGCUGGAACGACUGCUGCGGCAUCAAGGUGCCGAGUGCCGUCGGCGCGCUGCAGGAGAUGAAGAAGAGGAUGGGGAACGAGGGGCUGAGGCGGGUUCCGUUUGAUUAG